AUGACAGAAUAAUAUAUUAUUGAUUCAGAUAUUAUUGAAGAUGAAGGUGAUCGUCCAGUAUCAGUAUACAACCUAAACGUAUGUUUCAAAGAAGACAUUGAUUUUAGAUUGCAAGAUUGCUAAUUGAAUGAACCUGAUUUUUAAGAUUUAGAGCAAAAAAUGAAUAAACUAAUUUAUAAUUCUUUUGGUUUUAAAAAUGGAUUGGCGAAACAUUAAAAAUAACCACAACAUGAAUCAGGAACAGACUCAAUCGAUAACAAAAACAAAAAAGAAUAACUAUCAUUUAAAAAGCCAAUUUAACCUGUUCAAUAAUUAUCUGUAGUUUCUAAUGGAGAUUAAUCCUCAUUGUUUUCAAGAAAGGAAACAGUUCCAAAAAUUAACUUUGUCUGUGAAAUGAAAGAUAGUUAAAACCAAAAUACCACAGUCGACUUAAGAAAGAAUCUAAAACUCCAUACUCAUGGACCUUUUGAUAUAACGAAAUUAAAAGAUGGUUUAUCACCAGCUGUAAACAAUAGAUUCUCCUCCAAAAAGUAGUCCUAAUUCUCACAAAGAUCACAUGAAACCUACAAUUCCUAUUUGGAGUAAUCUUACAAUAACACUUAGCAAAUGCCAUCCUAAAAUUCAAUCCAUUAUUAAGAUACUCGGAAGGAGAGAUCAAAAAUUGCAAAGACAACCAUUAAAUUAAUUUCAAACCAAUAAAAUUAGAAACUAAGAAUUUCAUAACAAGCAAACUCACAACGAACAUCUUAAUUAUCUUUAUUAGAGGUAGAUGGAGUAAGAGGUAGAUCUUAGAGUUCUGUCUCUACUCCAAAAAGUAUCUUGAAAAAUCCUUCAUUAUAAAACUCUUAGUUGGAUAUUGUAAGCAGAUUAAGUUUCUAAAGUAGGCUUAGUUUUUCAAGUUUAAACAUCACUGGAAAUUCUCCUCAAAAAUAAUAAACAAACUCUUAAUCUCCUGCAAAAAGGGUUAAAUUUUGUUUAACCAAAAAGUAAGCCAGAAGAGAACACAUUCCAUGUUGA